AUGUGCCGCAGGAUGAAGGGCAGUGAGGUGAGUCAGAGGGGCAGAGAGGCGCUGAAUGGGGGGGACUCCCACAGCUCCAGCAGAGCAGUCCACCAGCAGAUGGAGCUGCAGGGCUGCAGGACCCUGCAGGGCGGCUCAGAUCAGCCCCCCCUCCUCGGCCUGACAGACUGCUCUGAUCAACUGCCAUUCAUCUGCCGGAGCAGCAGAGAGCGCUUCCUGAAGAUGAAGCAGAUCAUUGACUCUCAGACCUCGCAGCCCACAGCCUUCAUGAACCAGCUGAUGAAGCUGUCCAACCACAGCCAGGCAGUGCUGGGGCAGCAGCCGUCGGGGCGGGGCAGCCUGUCCCAGGUGUCCGCCCUGCUGGAGGUCUCUGUGCAGGCCCUGCAGGACACGCAGCAGGAGGGACUGCAGCCGGCGGACAUGGUGUCCCUCAUCCAGCUGCUGUCUCUGGCUGCUUACGUCCCCACACAGCCCCCCACCAAGGAGACCUCCGUCCAGGAGCUCAGCCAGCACUUCAUCAGCGUGGCGGACAGCAUCAUCAGCGCAGACAACGCCCUCAAGUGGCAGGCCAUCAAAGAGGUGGUGAACGGACCCAUGGAUGUGGUCAACACCAUUGACCAGAUGGUGACCAGCCUGAGUGCCAGCUUAAUGGCAGAGACUGAUCACAUGACCAUUCUCAAACCCAACAUCAAGCUGGAGGUGCAGCAGCAGUGGCUGCGGGGGGGGUCCAGAGGGUCCUCAGAUUCCAGAGGGUCCAGCUUCUGUGGGCCCGAGACAGAGAGACUCACCAACCUGGACUGUAUUUCAGUUCCAAAUCAGAAAAUACAGGAUCUCCAUAACAACGGUUUCCAUAAGCUCACGUUGGUCAACACGUGGUACGGCUCUCUGCGGCCGCUAUUCAAUCGUGAGGAGAACAUCACCAUGGUUCCUACGGUCACUGACGGCAGCCAGAGGUAUUUGGGCACCGUGCUGGGCUCCUCUGUCAUAUCCACCACAGUGCUGGGAGACGACCAGCCGCUCAGCACAGCCGUUCACUUCCAGCUCCAGCACAGAGUUCAGAAUCCCACUGGAACUGUGUAUGAUCCAGUGUGUGCCUUCUGGGAUUUUGAUCUCAAUCCUGAAGCCGGUGGGUGGUGGAAUACCAAAGGCUGUGAUGUCGUGUCCAAACAUUAUGGAUACACCGUGUGCUACUGCAACCACACCACCAACUUUGCAUUGCUGUUGCAGGUUUAUGAAGCCCAGAGGAGCCCGGAGAAUGAAAAAGCUCUGCAGGUGCUGACGUUCAUUGGCUGUGGAGUGUCUCUGUGUGGCCUCCUCUUCACCUUCAUCCUCUUCAUUGCUGUGGGUGUCCCUAAAUCAGACCGUACCACCGUCCAUAAGAACCUGAUAGUGGCUCUGAGCGUGGCUGAGCUGCUGCUGAUGUGCAGUGACUGGGCGUCUGCCAAUGAGGCAGCGUGCUUCAUGGUCACCGCCCUGCUCCACCUCUUCUUCAUGGCCUCCUUCUCCUGGAUGCUAGUGGAAGGUCUGCUGCUCUGGAGCAAAGUGGUGUCGGUAAACAUCAGUGAAGACCGCAGGAUGAAGCUCUACUACAUCAUUGGCUGGGGACUACCUGUUCUCAUAGUUGGUGUCACACUGGCCGUAUCAGUGGAUGAGUAUAAGGCAGAGGAUCACUGCUGGCUCAACGUGAAGACUGACACCAUCUGGGCCUUUGUGGGACCGGUUAUAUUUGUCUUGGCGGUAUGUAAUCACUGUGUAAUUAUCUGUUAA